AUGUCUCGCGUUGAACUCGCCCGGAUCAAUGCCUUGACGUUCUACAAGGGCGAAGAAACGACCUGGAGGCGAACAAGUGCACUACCACAGCUGGUAUGUGUCGGCAAGCCGUGUACCUUGUACCAGCCUGAGGUGGUGCGAUGUAAAAACAUCGGGGGACAUGGCACGGAGGUGGAUUGGAAGUGUGAAGCAGAUUUGCCCGAAUCAUUGCGAUUUGGGCGAGUGGAAGUUUCCUGUGAAGGGUAUUCUGGACCCGGUGAUCCCUACGUGCUGAAAGGAUCAUGUUCUUUGAACUACCGCCUUGUUCAAGUUCACGACACUCUAAGAACGCACAACGAGGAAUCAUCUUUCAGCAUUGGCGCGAUCAUAUUCUCCGUCUUGUGGUUCUCCGUUCUGGCGUUUGUUCUGUACAGCCUAUUCUCUGCGUGCUGGAGAAAUACGUCGAGGAGUCCCCGGCCGCCUGGAUCGGGAGGUUCAAAUCAAGGCGGUUCCUCGGGAUGGUUUCCUGGUGGACAUGAUGACCACACAGGACCCCACGGACCUCCUCCCCCUUACUCCAAAGAGCCUCAACCUUCACAACCGGGCUGGCGUCCAGGUUUCUGGACAGGCGCAGCUCUUGGCGGUUUAGGAACCCAUUUAUUCAAUAGCACCCGCCGAACUGAACAAUACGCCCCUCGCUCGUCUAUGUGGGAUUGGGAAUACGAUCGGGUUCGACCUACUACAUCAUUCUUCUCUGCGCCGAGACGUACGGCGGCGUAUUCAGAAGACAGGGGAGAAGGUUCAUCAAAUCUAGGAAGCAUGCGGCGUAGCACCGGCCUGGGAGGUUCUUCAGUACGCUAA